AUCAGCGACCCCGGAACUGAACUUGGGAAUUUUACAGGAGAGAAGGACCCGGAUCCCAAAUGGGACCGAGCCGGGGUUCCGCGUGGGAAUGUCAGGAUUCCGUAUGGGAAUGUGUCGGGAUUUCAUGUAGGAUCGAGUCGGGAUGCCACGUGGGAUUGAGUCGGGAUUCCACGUGGGAUCGAGUCGGGAUUCCACGUGGGAACACGUCGGAAUCCCAUACGGGAAUGUCAGGAUCCCAGGUGGGAAUGUUGGGAUCCCGUAUGAGAAUGCCCGAAUUCCCUAUGGGAAUGUCAGGAUCCCAUACGGAAGUGUCGGAAUUCCAUACGGAAAUGUCGGGAUCCCGCGUGGGAAUGCCCAAAUUCCAUAUGGGAUCCCAUGUGGAAAUGUCGGGAUCCUGUGUGGGAAUGUUGGGAUCUCACGUGGGAAUGUUGAGAUCACGUGUGACAAUUCCAGGAUCCCGCGUGGGAAUGUCCAAAUCCCACGUGGGAAUGUCGGGAUCCCAUACAGGAAUGCCUGGAUUCCGUACAGAAAUGUCGGGAUCCUGUGUGGGAAUGCCGAGAUCCCACGUGGGAAUGUCGGGAUCCCACGUGGGAACGCUGGAAUCCCGUGUGACAAUGCCAGGAUCCCGUGUGGGAACUCUGGAAUCCCAUGUGGAAAUAGCAGGAUCCCGUGUGGGAAUGCCCAAAUUCCGCGUGGGAACCCCGGGAUCCCGUGUGGGAACGCCGGGAUCCCGUGUGGGAAUGCCCAAAUCCCGUGUGGGAACGCCGGGAUCCCGUGUGGGAAUGCCCAAAUCCCGUGUGGGAACGCCGGGAUCCCGUGUGGGAAUGCCCAAAUCCCGUGUGGGAACGCUGGGAUCCCGUGUGGGAAUGCCGGGAUCCCAUGUGGGAAUGCCCAAAUUCCGUGAGGGAACGCCGGGAUCCUGUGUGGGAAUGCCCAAAUUCCAUGUGGGAACGCCGGGAUCCCGUGUGGGAAUGCCCAAAUUCCGCGUGGGAACGCCGGGACGCCGCGGGAGCGCGUGCUCUGCACAGACAGAUCUCCAUAAACCACGGCUCCGCCGCUUCCGCCUUCUCCGGCGUCCCGUGGGGGGCUGGGAAGCAACGGAGGGGAUCCGGCCCCGGGAAUGGGGAUCCGGCCCCGGGAAUGGGGAUCCGACCCAGGAUGGGAUCCGGAGCUGGGAAUUUGGAUCAGGGCACUGGAACUGGGAUCUGGCCCUGUGA